AUGCCAUCCUCUACCAUCCUCAAGUGCAAUAUCUGCCCGAGAAAGCCAAACUUCAGCGAUGUGUCUCAUCUGUUAACACAUGUUAGCUCAAAGGGUCAUCUGUCCCAUUACUUCAAACUACAGGUGCGGAGCCACCAAGAACCAGAAGCUGGUGAGCUGCUGGCAGAGUACGACCAAUGGUAUGGUGACCACAAUCUUGCCGGUUUGCUCUCCGAGCGUAUGAUAGCCAAGGAAUCCAGGAAAGGUAAAGGCCGCAGCACAACCACUCGAAAUAGCAAUCUGCAGGAUCGCAGAACGUCGACGUCGAUGCUUCCACCUGCGACCCAUGGCCCGGUUCGAAGUGACCAGCGCUCUCUCCCCAGCUAUGUGGACCCUGACCUAUCUCAGCCAUAUUUUAACGUGAACAAUCGUCAUCCACCCGAUCCUCGCGUGCAAUUAUGGCCCGCCGCCCAAAAACGGAGAUCCUUACCAUCUCGAUCGUCAACUCACAAGACCUGGAAACUCGAAUCGCCUGAUUCUGACGAAGGUGAUGACAUGAGCCCUCUAGCACAACGAAAGAGAACCUCAAUGGAUUGGUCCUCGCACAUGGGGAGCUCCGCAGCCCGCAUGAACCGUCGACCUGUUACUCCAGAUCCAUUCAUUGACGAUGCCAGCUACGAGGAGGAGGACGAUGAAGAGGAGGAGGAGGAGGAAAUCGAGCACAGGGAAGAGAUCUCGAAGUUAAAGGGCGUCUUCUGGCCGGGUAUGGACAUAUUUGAUUCCGCCACAGAGCAGAUGAGACGAAAACGUAACCAGAAAAAGGACGGUAGCGUCUUAAAGCAGAUGGAAAAGACCUCGGAGGCCGUUGAGCCCACAGAACUCGUCUUCUCCCCUGGAGGCACGUUGCGAAAGGCACGUCUCAUUUCAGGAAUGGUGGAUGACAGCAGCCCUCUUAAAGGGGAAACUCCAAUCCCUAAAAAGCGUGUGACGCGCCCGAGACGGCCACCCUUGGCUCAAAGCAAUCCAAACCGGAUUUUGCGGAGCCACACGAAACUACGGAAAAGGUUCAAAGGUCAACGCCAGCCAAUGGAGCAUGACUUUUAUUCGAGACAAACUCUGCCGUUCGUGGAAAGCCCACAACACACCCGCGGAGACGCACGUUUUGGUAGCGAUUUUGGGAUGCGGGACGAGGACUUCAGACUGAGCUUCUCUGGUUUCGAACCGAAAUCGUCACGCGGAUUUGAAGUGUUUGUAGACGGAAAAGAAGCGAACAAUGGAAUCAAUGUUAGCAAUGGGCAUAAAGCUUACUAUAACCCCUUGGGCGCUUCUAGCUCCCUUGCUCUAAAUCAUCAGUCGCGAACGAGUACCUCCAGUGGGCUGAAAAGCUUCGCUGGUAAAUCGGUCCAUCUACCGGAAUACCGGGGCAAAGAAAACAUCGAGCCUAGCUUUUCCCAAAGAGUUGACGGGCAGUAUAUAGAAGAGAAUUGGGACACAACACAACUUGGAGCUGAAAGCCGGUACGGCUCGCAGUACCUAUAUGGAACAAGUUUUCAAAGCUAUAGCUCAUUUGGGGGAAAUGAUGCCUUCGGCUACUCUUCUAAUCCCCUAAGUUGUUCGCUUGCGCAAAUCCAAAACAGCGGAGACCCGAAGCGCAGUACUAAUACGUUAUUGCCGGGUCUGUUGGAAUCGCCCAUGCGCAGCGUUUCCAAAAGCGGACGUGUAGUCUCGCCAGAUGGAACCGUAUCAGACCUUGACCAGGACGACAUUGGCCGGAUGUAUCUGAACGAGUUUGCGACAUGA